AGGAGUAGUGGUGGUGGCAGUGGCGGUAUGAUCGCCAGCCGCCCUGGGUCUGUGGUAGACAAAUUUAUUUUUCUCUUCUCUUCAUCUGCUUUUCGUUCUCCUCUCGUCGGGCCUGUAGCUCUUGCCAUCUGUCAAUGGCAACACGUGCCAGAUCCCAGACUGUCCUCUGCCACAAAGUCAUUUGGGAUAUCUUUUUUUACCUUCCGAAAUGUACUUUGUUCUGGUGUCUAUUUUCCAGAGUUAGGCUGGUCCGUCUGCAAAUUGACCAGCCCGUCUCCCUUAACCUCGUUCAAGUGUCUAUUUGGUACCAUGCCUGGCCCACUUCACUCCCCCACCAAACGCUACUGUCUGCACACGUCUUAUAGUUUCACUUCUUCGCGUAAGAGGUGCAUAUCCAUCUCGUUCGACCAGCAUACUCUGCGUUUUCACCCCGUUCCCUCUUGCCCACAGUCUCGCUUUCAGCUGAGUCAUCCCCCAUGCCGUCGUGCCGCUCUCCUUAUAUCAUCACUUGGUACCAUCCUUGUCAAGCAGCCCAGCUCAAUACCUCUUCGUGAAGGAGUGUCCUAUGCUUGCCGGCCACUCCGAUUAUGGGAAGAGCACGCCUUCGACACUAAACUCAAAAUUUCACACUUCACACUUCACAUUUCCUAUUUCACACUUCACACUUCAUUUUUCAUAUUAAACACUUUAUUCUUCACACUCCCCACCCUUAACCCUUAUGCUCCAUAUUCUGCAUUCAUUCCACUUCCCCCAGUCGGCAAGAUGUGUGCGGUGUGGCGGUUUAUUAAUGCCACGUCGGCCACUUUCUCCACUGGCCCAUUAUUAGAGGCCCAACAAUGUCCAUUUUCCAUGUUCACCUGUCCGGCACUGAUUCGGGCCACGAGCCCCUCAGGCUGGUUGCCCCGACUGUCUGCAUUUCCACAUCUGGUCAUUGUAGUUGCAUGGUCACACCCAGUUCUACAGGCCUUCACUACCCGAACGGUGCAGUGGACGAACACUGGAAUCAAUCAGAUUAAUGGGGGAAUGUUAUCGGACGAGGGGAAGAAGGAUGAUGAUGAUGAUGAUGAUGAUGAGUAA